GAGCAGUAAACAUGGUAUAUUUGCUUUUAGCUUUUUAAAUCGAGGGAAUACUGAGUUUGAGCCUCUAAAGCAAAGGAAUAAAGCAAGAGCUUAGUAUAUAAUCACCACUUUUUUUAUUCUUCUGGAAAUUGUUUCAUGUAUGCUACUUUCGGGGAAGCCUUCUUCUGUUUUUUUGGUGAGAUGUUCUUUAUUAGAAUAACGUGAGAAAUCUGGUAAUUAAGGUAGCUGAAGAGGAUGAAUAACAACUGGGAGCAUAUAAGAAGAGAAAUAACUACUCAUGCGGUAUUAAUGGCAUCUACUUGGUCUUUGAACUUCAGGGAUCAAGGCCAUGUUAUUGUUGCCUGGCCGGUACAGGGUAACGAGUGCAUUCAGCCUUUUGUUCUUCAAGGGAUAUGCCAAACUCAAUGAUGCAGAAAAACUUGAAUGGAACAAUAGGGGUUUCUCUACAGUCCAUGCACUUGUGGUGGCAGUUUCUUCUCUCUAUCUAUUACUAUUUUCGGACCUUUUUGAUGAGGGUUCUUAUGAUGAAUUAAUUAUCAAUAGAAGGUCUACAUUAUCAGACACCAUAUUGGGGAUAUCCCUGGGUUAUUUUGUAUCAGACUUGGCAAUGAUUCUCUGGCAUUUUCCGGCUUUGGGUGGUCUAGAGUAUGUCUUACACCAUGGACUGUCAUUGUUGUCGAUCUUCCUCUCCGUUGUGAGUGGGCAAGGACAGAUUUACAUCCUAAUGGUUCUCUUUAGCGAGAGCACAACUCCCUUUGUCAAUUUAAGAUGGUACUUGGAUGUUGCUGGUAAGAAAAAUUCUGAACUUUACAUCUGCAAUGGUGUUCUGCUGUUCCUUGGGUGGUUGGUUGCGAGGAUUCUUCUAUUCGUUUUCUUCUUCUACCACUUGCUUAUUCAUUUUGAUCAGGUGAAGAAAGUGUUUCCCUUGGGCUUCUAUAGCUUGCUCACAGUGCCUCCAUUGCUGGCAAUGAUGAAUGUGGUUUGGCUUUGGAAGAUCACCAAAGGCAUGCUGAAAACUCUCUCCAAGGCAAGACACAGUCAGUGAUCAACCAUGGCCCCCGUGGCCUUUCUUUGACCAGCUGCACUGAAGAAUGGCUAUGGAUUCCUUCGUCUGUGCAUCCAUCCCCACAGUUGUAUACUUGUCACUUUUACAGUGAAUUGAAUUAAAUUUUCUCUGCAAAUUUGCCCAUUCUUUUGGUCUAAAUGAUGAAGCAUUGCUUUGAUCUUCUGAUGGUCUCAUGUUACCAUCAAGGAUGUCUAUUUGUAUUUUAUACUACUCAUCAUUAAAAGAAUAAGACUGUCUCUAUUUUUUAA